AAUUCAUCAGCCUCGAUCGAUCGUCCUACGCACGCACGCCACCACCAUCAAGAGCUCAGCUAGCCUCGCUCCUCUCUCUCUCUCUCUCUCUCUCUCUCUCUCUCUCUCUCUCUCUCUCUCUCUCUCUCUCUCUCUCUCUCUCUCCCUCCCUCCCUCCCUGUCCGCCAUGCAUGCUAGCUCAAACACGAUCGACAAGCUAGUUUAUCUCCUUGAUUAAUUAAUCAUCAGCUAGUACGUAGCUUCGUAUUCCCUCUCCAGUCCCCGGCCGGCCCGCCCUACCUCUCGUGUCGUUCCUGCAAACCAUCCUAGCGCGCUAUCAAAGUGCAGAACAUGCAUGCAUGAAGCAUGGCGAUCAGUGACUGAUCGCUGCUGAGGCGUUCUUUCGCUUCUUCUUGUGUUAUUUAGCUGCUGCCCCUGCCCCUGCCCCUGCCCCUGCCUCGAUCGGCCAUGCACACGCACCGCCUGUGAACCUGCCUAGCUACCUGCAUCUGCAUGCAUGUGUCCAUCGUGAGUUCAUCAAAUUCAAAGCACCUACUACGCUGCUCUGCUCCUCGACCUGAUCAUCAUAUCAUGGACAAAGAGCAGCAGGGGAGUCACCUCGACAGCUUCGCGGCGCCGCCGGAAGACCAGCACCAGCAGCACGCCGGCGGGGCCGAGACGAUGGUCGACUACAUGCUUGGCCACAACCACGUGCACGCGCCGCCUGCCGCACCAGCACCGCCGACGACGCAGAGCCAGCAGGCGGUGUCGUUCGACAAGCUCAGCUUCUCCGACGUCCUGCAGUUCGCCGACUUCGGCCCCAAGCUCGCGCUCAACCAGCCCGCCGCGUCCGCCGGCCCGGGAGAGGACGCGGACGACAUCGACGACGACGACGACGACGACGGAUACUUCUUCAGGUUCCAGUCUCUGCCGGCGACGACCCUCCCCCAGCGCCACGCGAAUCCUGAGGCGGCGGGCAGCAAGACGACGACGGCCGAUCAGGACGGAGGAGCCGGCGGCGGCGUCGGCGGCGUCUCCGAGAGCACCACGCUGGUGCAGCAGGGCGAUCACGGCCGCGCGGAGAAUAAGGGCGCCGGGGACCAGCAGCAGGGGAAGAGCGGCCGGCGGAAGCGCCCGCGCACGGUGAAGACCAGCGAGGAGGUGGAGAGCCAGCGGAUGACGCACAUCGCCGUCGAGCGCAACCGCCGGCGCCAGAUGAACGAGUACCUCAGGGUCCUCAGGUCACUCAUGCCAGGAUCCUACGUCCAGAGGGGAGACCAAGCAUCGAUCAUAGGAGGCGCCAUCGAGUUCAUCAGGGAGCUGGAGCAGCUGAUCCAGUGCCUGGAGUCGCAGAAGCGGCGGCGCCUGUACGGCGGGUCCGGCGACGCGCCACGGCCACCGCCGGUGGUGGACGCAGCAGUGCCAGGCGGCGCGCCAAUAACGUCCACUACUCAGCCACAGGUGCCGCCGCCGCCGCAGUUCUUCCCUCCGAGCCACCCUUUCCCGGUGGCGUCUGGCGGCGGCGACGCCAAGAUAAUACUGGACCUGGAAGCGGCAGGAGGCGCCGUCGUCGACGCCGGCGGCGGGCUCCGGGAGGAGGUGGCCGAGAACAAGUCGUGCCUGGCGGACAUCGAGGUGCGGGCGCUGGGCGCCGACGCCAUGAUCAAGAUCCUGUCACGCCGCCGGCCAGGGCAACUGAUCAAGACCAUCGCCGCGCUGGAGGACAUGCAGAUGUCCAUCCUGCACACCAACAUCACCACCAUCGAGCAGACCGUCCUCUACUCCUUCAACGUUAAGAUCGUCGGCGAGGCAAGAUACUCGGCGGAGGACAUCGCCGGCGCCGUGCACCAGAUCCUCAGCUUCAUCGACGUCAACUACACCCUGUGAUCUUCUUUCUCUUGCAGCCUCUGUGCCAACUGCCAAGACAGGGGGGCAAGUAUCCGGUUAAGUGUUAACGUUGGCAGCGACUUGUGUAUUUAAAUUUCUGAGUGCUAUUUUCCCCACGUUCUAUAUGUGCUUGAUUAUUACAUAUUUAUGUAUGUUCUGUCAGUUUCUAUGUAUGUAUAAAACUGAUUGAAGGACAAGUCAGAGAUUAGCACUAGUAGUAUUAUACUCAGGGACACUAUGUGUAUGAUUGGCAAUUGCAGUGUGCUGAAACUGUCAGCUAAUCAAACAAGAUAGGUGCAUGAUGACUUCUACUGUCACAUGUCUCGUGGACCACUGCUCUUUUCAA